AUGCAGCCAUUGCGCCCAGGAGUCGUGCCAGCGAAGACAGGCGCGCCGCCCUCUUCGCCCAGCGACCUCAUCAGCUUCCUGGAACAGGCGGUCCAAGCCGGCGCUCCGCCGCAGGCACCGCCGUCCUCCAAGGCUCCGCCCCUGGCAGGGGAGUCUUCGGCAGCUCCCUGGCGGGUCAGCGCGCCUUGGAACAAGCCACCGGCCAAAGACACAGGCGUCAGCAAGCCAACGACAUUUUGCAAGGCGCCCCCGAAGGGGCCGCCCUCGAAUGGCGGCACCAACGAGGACCUGGCGCAGGCGUUAUCGAACCACUUGCAAAACCCAUCCGGAACUCCCAGUGUCGAGCUGAUGCAGGCCCUCGCGAGGGCGGCAAACCUCGAAGAGAAGGGGGCGGCCAAGAAGGCGGAGGACAAGGGCAGCGAGACUGGGGCAGGAGAAGCCCAAGGCGGCGCUGAGGCCGAAGACAGCCACGGAGGCGCCCAGGAGCCCGAUGCGCCGGAGCCCGCGCUUCCCUCCCGCCGGCCCUCCGCCUUGCAGAGAUUGGCCAAGGAGGCCCUGCAGGCCGCCAGAGGUGCUCCUGGUGGUGAGGCUGCAGCUCUGGCCGUGGAGCACAUGGUGAAGAAGUUGCAGGAGGUGGCCGAUGAGGAGCCCUCAGCUCCCGCAGAUGGAGGCGGCGAAGAGAUGUCGGUCCAGCCGCUUCCUACGCAGCUUCGGGCGCUUGUGACACCUGGCGCCGAUGCCUCAACUUACCAGUACGACUUCGCCUCAGCCGGCGACGAUGUCGAUGCCUGUUUCAGGAACAUCCGACGGCGGCUGGAAGUCGAGAUGGGAGAUGGGUGCGUGGUCCAAGUGUCCUUGCAGUUCGCCAGGUGA